GUCGUGGAAUCAUCGAAUUUGUACAGGCCAUUUGUGUAGUCUAUGGCCCGCUUGAAAGGAGAAAAAAAAAUUUUGAAUUCCACAACACAACGUACAAAAAAUAACAACAAGUUCUUACCCAGUGUCAGCGUUGUCACAUUCAAAUCGUAACUCUCAUUGGAAAAAAAAUCAACGACAUAAAAUCAGCACCGAAAUUUUUUGCACAUUUCAUUGGAUCAUCAUUGGAAAAUAUUGGAAAAAUCUGUAGUUUUUUUUUUAAUUUUGUUUGACUGUUGAUAACAUUUCUGUUCUCUCAAUUUUUCAAUAACCGGUAAUUUGAUUGAAGAAUCUAUACCAGAAGAUAAUGGCAGAAUCUGUAUUUUUUUAAAUAAAUCUGUUAUUGUGGCAACCAUGCCCGCUACUGUUUUGAACUUUUGGUUGGUGUUCGGAGCAGAGGACAUUCAAAAACAAAUUCUCAAAAAUCAGGACAGUUCGAGAGAUUUUGAAAAUUCAGGACAGUCUCUCGAAACUCAGGACAAAUUCUGAAAAAUCAGGAAAUCUCUGGUUCGGAGAUCAACAUUUUUUCUCGUAAAUGUUCCAAUAAAAAACUGUGUUAGCUCUCAGAUUUCCCUUAAACACAAUGCGCAAUACGGGAGAAGGGAAUUCUUUUCAUCAGCGGUUGAACAGCCCACAGUGCGAUUUAUCUCUCUCCACACAAGGAACAUUUAAAGAAGGUAGUGCCAAGGCAGCCCUGCUCUGGUAUUGGUACAGGCUGAGACGUCACAAUCACGCAAAAUUUGUUAAUUUACUAGGAAAUUUAUCUUUUUUGUUGAUAAUUCGAAGAAUCUGCUGGAAAAUUUCCACUUUGAUAACAUGUUAUUGUAGAAGGAUUCUUGCUCUCCAACAUCGGUACAAAAAGGUUGCAUUUUUUAAUAAUUUUUCUAUAAAAUAUACCAUCGAAGUUAAAAAAAAAUGAUGCAUUUUCCCCAUUGAAAUUUGCAAAACUUUAAAAUUAUUUCAAAGUCUUACAUGAAAAUGUUCAAGUCAGUGCAGUUUAAGCUCCUCAUUACAAUAAAGUGAUAAAAACGCAAUUUUUUAUACAAAACAAUAAUCUUUUAUUGGCAUUUUAGUAAACUGAUUUAACAAUCGUUUAAUAAUGUUAAUUGUUCUACAUAAGAAUUGUAUAUGGUAAACCGGUUGAAUUAAAAUCAUGACAAUCAAUUGAACACUCAAUAUCUACUAUCUAGACCUUUUAAAAGCUUAUUUUUUCUUCAUUUUUGCACGUUUUAUCUUAAAGGCGACGUUGCAUUCAUUAAUAAAAUAAGAAAAAAGACAUAAUGCAAUCUUCAACGGACCAAAAAACUUCAUAACAUAGCAAAUAGAGGCCUUACAACAUAAUCGAAAUGAAAUUGGAAUUCAUUUUCGUUCUAAAACGUGUUUUUCUUUGGAAUUCCUACCAUUCUCAUAUUAAUUUUCGGUACAAUCGUUUUUGUAACGUCACAAAAAAAAUCCAAUAUGGCUCUCGGCACUACCUUAUUUAAAUAUUCCUUGCUCUCCACACAACUAAGGAGGAGCAGGCGGAAAAAAUUGCACUCUCUUUCACUGGACGAGCCGAUCUGAGAAGUUUUGCAUCCAUGAAUGUAAUAAAUAAAUGAAAACCAAAAAUCACGGAAUUCAGCUAGAAUCCCGUCAAGAAACAAACAAGAUCAUCAAACAUGGCAGAAACAAAAUUUCGAAAAGUGAGACAAUGAAUCUCUUAUUACUCCUAGACAGCUAUUUUGGAACUAAACUAUUUUGGAAAUCCGAAAAAUUGGACCAUAAUUCUUUUCAGGCUUUCAAAUUUGGAAAAAUUUCACGAAACUCGUCUAAAUUACUUUGGAAAUCCGAAAUUGGCAAAAAAUAAAAAUAAAAAAGAACUUAUCUUUUGUCAGUGUUUUUCGUGCAAUUAAUUCGCAUAACUUUAUUAGGCUGGAACAGUUACAUUAUUUUUGCAAUAUUUUACUGAACACUUGUUCCUGAACCUAACCCUGAUUUUGAUUCCGAUCGUGAUUCUGAUCCUCAUCAUGAUUUUGCUCUUCAUCCUGAUCCUGAUCUAGGUCCGAAUCAUCAUCCAGAAUUCGAAUCAUCCUCAGCCUCCUAACUCUGAUCGUGAUCCUAAUUGAGAUCUUUAUCGUGAUUCUGAUUGAGUUCUUGAUUCUUACCCUGUACCUUUUUUUUGACACUUAUCUUGACCAUGUUAUUGAUCAAAAACCUAAUCCGUAUCCUGAUAUCCUAAUCCUAUCCCUGAUGCUGAUCCAUGCUGACCAAAUUCAGAUCAGCUUUUCCUAUUCUGAUCCAGCUAUUUAUACUUAUUUUGAUCUUCUUCCUGAUCCUAAUCCUCAACCUGAUUCUGGUUCUCAUUUUGAUCUUGACUCUGAUCCGAAUCAUGAUCCGGAUACUAAUUCUAAUCCUGAUCCCGAUCGUAAACAUGCUCCUGAUUUUGAUUUCAUCCAUAUUCAGAUCCCGAACGUGGACUAGUAUAUCUGAUUGUGAUACAGAUCCAGAUAAUUAUUCAGAUAGUAAACCUGCACCCAAAAUAAUCUGCACGUUGCUGCUACGUGAAAAACUACAUAAUUUUUAUCCAGUUGAUUUUUUAGUGCGUUCAACGUAAGAGGAUGAAAGCUACGUAAAAUAUGUUUAGUAUCGAAAUGAUAUUUGGAUCCUGUCUACUAUUUUUUUCGUUUCUACUUUUGAAAAUAAAAUGAAAACACAUUGGAUUUCAUCACAAAUAAAAUUUAUUUUAAGAUCAUUCAUCACACUGGCACUACACUUAAUUCACGAUUUAAUAAAAACACAAUUCCGGAACUUCUUUCCAGUGAGUUGGUUUGUAGAAUCCUGUAAGAAAUGGAAAAUAUUUAAUAAUCAAAAAUAGAAUCAUGAAAAUGGUAAAUAAUUUACCUUGUUAGGAUCAUACGUUCAUCCGGGCCGGUGUGGUGCUUAGGCUUCUUUUCACGGCCCUUCCUUGUUUUCUCCACAGGUUUCUAAAAGCUUUCUCCGAAGCUGGAAAUAUCACAAAGAACAGCUUAAAUUGAAUUAAAUUUCAACAGGAAGACAAUUCACACUUACCACCUUGCUUCUGAGGCUCGGAUUUUUAUUUGGGGCCCGCAGGAUGGCCCGUGUGGUGUACUGUUUGUCUUCCGACGCUGAAUGCUCUUGAGCUACCGUAUCCAACCAAAAUCAAGUUAGCUAACUGACAAAAAUUCCCUUUUCCAAUAGGACUUACUACCACACGCUUGAGAAAAUUCCAAAAAAAGGAUUCAAACCCAUCCAUCUAGAAUUUACGUGAAAUUCAUGUGACGUUUAUAUGGAAAACCAGUAGUUGCUACAAAGAACACGUAGAAUCGAUGUUAUGCCACAAAAGCUUAGUUUACGUGAAAAAUCCCGUAUAAAUAAUUUCUAAAUUAUUUUGGAUGUGAUUCAGGAAACUCAAAGAUAGAUAGGUACUAAUAAAAUUUGGUACAGUGGUUGCCAACCAAUGUGGUGGAAAGAGAGGGCGCCACCUUAGUAAAAGUGUACCUCAUUGGUUGCCAACGUUGCCAAUAUUUUGACCAUGACGUAAAAUUUCUUAUUCGACAAUAAUGUCAUUUCUAACUGAUGUUAUUUCGUCCCUCAGAUUUCCCUGCGUUGACACCGUCAAACUGCUACUACGAUGUGGCGCUUCCGUUACAGUCCUAGAUGCCGAUAGGAACACCCCGCUGCACACGCUUUGUUCCACGCUACAAACUGCCGCCAUCCGAAUGACCGACAAUGACGUCAAUUCUAUCGUCAAGGACCUGACGGAGAUCUUUAUCGAUGCCGGAAUCCACCUGGACGCGGUCAACGCCGAUGGCCUGAAGGCGUCGCAGGUUUGCGUUCAAAACCUCGUAGGAACGUUUAUCCGUGGCUAUGAAACGAAGGCAAUCAAUCUGAAGUGUCUGGCUGCCCGGUGUAUAGCGUUGCAUCGUGUGCCUUACAAGGACGAACUGCCGCGCCAUUUGGAGAAGUUCGUGCAGCUGCAUUGUGCGGAAAAAUUUUGAAACAAGCUGCCCGUGGUGUUGUUUUGUGGGCCAAAUACUCAAACCUCAGUCUUCCAAACUGCAUUGGAAAUCAGAGACCGCGUUGUCCUGCUGCUGAUGUUGCCCUUGGACGAUCCGUCGACGACAAAGGAAUACUCGAGUGGACACAUUUAUUUUGUACACUUUUCUCUGCAGGAGAAAACUACUAAUGAUAUAUACAAUUCUAAAAGCGUAACUAAACCCAAUGUGAUGUUUACUAAUAAUAAAGCGAAACGAGAUUCAUAUCUACCCACAAGAAAGAAAGUUAGAAAUGCUUCGAGAGGGUGUUAUUGCAUUGUUUCGAUGUGCUCAAAGCAUAUUGUAAAGAAAAAAUGAAAAUCUUUUGGAAAAAUUAUUAAAACAAAGCUAAUACAAUAUAUCCU